AUGUCAGAUACAAUCACUUAUGAAGUUAAAGGCACAGCUGCCAUUAUUACAUUAAACAAUCCCAAGACUUUAAAUGCAUUGACUAUGGAACAGUAUGAUACCAUAUGCAAAUACCUUGAACAAGCUAAUGACAAUCCCGAUACCAUUAUCACUUUGCUUCAAUCAACUGGCCGAGUAUUUUCUGCCGGCGCAAAUGCUCAAGCUAUCUCUAACAAUGAUACCAAAUUGGAAACUUGGUUAAGUAAAUCCGUGGCAAAGCAGGUUUUCCUUGUGCAAACAGUUAUGGCCCAUAAGAAAAUAUUAGCUGCUGCUCUCAAUGGUCCAAUUAUUGGAUUGACUGCUUCUCUUGUGGCAAUGUGUGAUUUGAUUUAUGUUAAUAAUUUAAAGAAGACUUUCUUGUUGACUCCAUUUGCUAACAUUGGUAUUAUUAAUGAAGGUGGUACCAGUGCUAGUUUAUUUACAAGAUUGGGUUGGUCCAAGGCUAAUGAAGCAUUAUUAAUGUCAAAAAGAAUUCUGGGUGAAGAUUUGUACAAUGUCGGAUUUGUUAAUAAACAUUAUGAUGGUAAACUCACCACUGAAGAGUUUAAUAAGAAGGUGUUGGAUGAAUUAGUUGAUGCUACUGAAAACUUACAUUUUGAUUCAAUUAUUCAAAACAAACAAUUGUUGAAGGAUAUGUAUGGCCCACAAAUUAGUAGUACCAUCUCACAAGAAGCAUUCCGUGGACUUAAGAAAUGGACUGCAGGAAUUCCUUUAGAAAGAUUUAAGAAGUUAAUGAGUGGAGAGCUCAAACAUAAAAUGUAG